AUGAAUGUGACCUGCAACACAACGUUCUUGAAUUUUGAUCCCAAGCUACCCAACAUAACAAUCUUUGCAACCGGUGGCACUAUCGCCGGAAAUGGCUCCUCAAACACGAACUACACUUCCGGUGUAUUCUCCGUUGAAGAUCUUAUUUAUGCUGUGCCCUCAAUUAAGAACAUUAGCAACGUUGUUGGUGACCAAGUCUCAAAUGUUGGCAGCGAAGAUGUGAACUCGACCAUCCUAUUGGACCUCUCUAAAAAGAUCAACCAAUGUGUUUGCGAGGAUGACGCCAUGUCCGGCGCUGUCGUGACCCAUGGCACCGACACAUUGGAGGAAACCGCCUUUUUCUUGGACGCGACCCUAAAUUGCAGCAAACCUGUUGUUAUCGUCGGAGCGAUGCGCCCUGCGUCUGCCAUUUCCGCGGAUGGACCGUAUAAUCUUAUUGAAUCUGUCACUGUGGCGGUCAGCAAAGACGCAAGGAACCGCGGCGCCCUUGUUGUUAUGAAUGACCGAAUUGUCUCCACAUAUUACGUUACCAAGACAAAUGCAAACACCAUGGACACCUUCAAAGCCGUUGAGAUGGGCAACGUUGGCCAGGUCAUUGGUGGGACACCAUACUUUUUCUUUCCACCGACACUACCCACUGGGAGGUCCACCUACAACAUUUCUGAGAUAAAUUCAAUUCCAAGGGUGGACAUUCUCUACUCGUACCAAGAUAUGCAGAACGAGACGAUAUACGACACAGUCAACCGUGGAGCGAAGGGAAUAGUGAUCGCAGGAGCCGGUGCCGGUGGGGUUAGUACACGUUUUAACGAUGCCAUUGAAGACGUAGUCAACAAUUACAGCAUCCCAGUGGUGCAGAGCUUCCGUACAGGCAGUGGUGAAGUGCCUUACGCAGAAAUCGCCAGCACCAGCUCUACCCACAUCGCUAGUGGUUAUCUUAAUCCUCAGAAAUCCCGUAUUUUACUUGGAUUGCUUCUUGCUGAAAAAAAGAGUCUUACUGAAAUUGCAGGCGCUUUUGCUAAGGGAACAGCUGGCUAA